CGUCGCCUUUUUCUUUAUCUUUAUUUACUCCCCCCUCACUCUACAAGUGGGAUACCGCCGAUUUUACCAACCCCCGGAGGAUAUAGAUGAACGGAGCUGUGUGAAUCAAAUUUAGUACAAAAAAUUGGUCGCCAAAAAAACCCUUCCCGACACGAACAGGACAGACGGUCUACCGAGGUUAUAUAAGGAUUCUUGUUUGCGAAACCAAAAGAUUGUCCCAAGUACAAAGCAUCGUUAAACACCGCCCGUAAAAAGCCCCCAAGCAUCAUGUCGAGUCAGGGGGGCCCGAAAAAGCCCAACGAUGGGAAGCAGGAAGGAUUCUCGAAGUAUCUUCAUCGUAUGAGAAUGGUGUUGAGAAAGGGCUCGGCUUCGAGGGCCGAAUCUGUGUCCGACUUGCAGGAGACUACUAGUGGAGGGUCUGAACCGGCCAAUCCGAAAGCCGCGGCCCCUACCAAAAUUCCUGCUGCUGUUCCCAAGAUCAACCCCGCUCCAGCGAAGGAAACUGUCGCCCAUCAUGCUAUUGAGCCGACCGUUUUUAAGCAUUGGGGCGCCAUCCAGGAGGAAAAAGCUCGCGCUCUGUUCGCCAAGUAUGGGCUGACCCUUGAGCCCGGAGAAUGGAAAUCGCCUACCGAUGUAUCCGUCCAACGUGUGGCCAAACCGAUCCGUAUGAGAGUUCGCCGUACCUGCCACCGCUGCCAGACUACGUUCGGUCCCGACAAGCUUUGCACCAACUGCCAGCACGUCCGUUGCAAGAAGUGCCCCCGAUACCCCGCGGCUAAGUCCCAUGAUCAUACAGAAACUGCCCUCCAGACCAUACUCUCUCAGAAGGGCAAGGAGCCGGCCGGUGUACAGCGCAAGGCCAAGGAACCCCCGCUUACAAUCCCAUCACGCACCGGCGGCCAGGAUCUUGUGCACAAACAAACCAAGCAGAGAGUGCGCCGCACCUGCCAUCGUUGCUGUACGACCUUCGAAGCGGGUGCUACGGAGUGCCUCAGUUGCAAACACACCCGGUGCAAGAAAUGUCCUCGAGAGCCGGCCAAGUUACACAAGUAUCCUGAUGGUUACCCUGGAGAUGCGGAACCCCCAGUGGAACCCCCAGCACGGACUUGGAGAAAGGCCCGUCAAAGGGUGCGGUACACUUGUCACCAGUGUUCGACCUUGUAUCAGUCCGGGCAAAAGAUAUGCUCAAACUGUGGUCAGGAGAAAGGCCCACAAACUAUACGAGACCCGCCCAAGAAACGAAAGCCAGAGCCAGACCCUGAGGUUGUCAGACGGGUGGAAGAACGAUUGGCCAGGGCUACGACCAGCGUUGGUUAGGAAUGCGACUGGUCUCAAACACUCGUACAGCGCUGGCAUGUUUCGACGAAUUCUCUUUUCACUCUUUCCAAUUGACAGCAGCCCUAUUGAUUUCCACUCCUUUCUGACU